GUUCAUUUAACUUCAUGUAAACAUAUUGUGUUUCUUGUAUUUGAUGUCGUUAAUAUGAUCUAUAUGCUUCUAUUUUCAGUCUCAAGUCAUUAUUGCCGACACACAGAAUUAUCAAUCGGUGGUUGGGUUCAACCAGAACAGCUGAUCAAUGGCCACCAGAAAGGGAAAGCUCGGGGCUGAAGCCGGUGCUGGGUUUGACUCAAAAGGUAUCGGACUACGUGCACAGAAAAAAAUUCUUGGGAAAAUGUCCACAAAGAGAAUGGCGAAGGUUUUCAUAGAUGAUUCCACGGGUGAACUCUUGGAUUACUUGUACAAACUGACUAAAGAGUAUACUGGAAGUAAGAAAGAAUCCGAAAAACUUAUGAAAGACAUAAUUAAGAUUGUUGUCAAGAUAGGGAUUCUAUAUCGCAAUGACCAGUUCAACAAAGAUGAACUUAUUCUCGCUGAACGAUUCCGAAAAAAAUUCCGCUCCACAGUGAUGUCAGUCAUCAGCUUCUAUGAGGUGGACUAUAGCUUUGAUCGGAACUAUCUUGUGCGAUCACUUAAAGAGAGCCGCGACAUGUUAAAUUCGCUGAUUGAUCGUCAUUUAACAGAUAAAUCUCACGGACGUGUGGAACACGUUUUCAAGUUCUUCGCCGAUGAGGAGUUUCUUGAUACUUUGUUUGAAUCUGACAGUCAACUACGCCAGCAUUUGGUUCGGAUUAUCGCAGUGCUAAAUAGAAUGAUUGAUGAGGGGAGUAUUUAAUUAUUUAUGAAAACUAUAUCUCAGAUUAAUUAAUUAAUUAAUAUAUUAUGCAGACUGUAUACCUGUUUUAUAAACAUAUCCCAUGUACAGUCAUUUAUUCAGAAUUAACUGUAUUUUAGAUAGGACAUUUUUACUAAACCAGAGCUUUACUAGUCAUUUUUUUUUUCAUAUUUUUUAACUUUUUUUUGUCAAGGCAAUGUGUAAUAUUUUUCAGUCUGUGGAACUACUUUUACAAGUUUGUCGUUUAUUGAAUUGUUUUGAUUUAAAUCAGGUCAGUGUUUGAUUAACCGUGCAUGUAACAAUUUACGUCUGAUUUGACACUACAAGUCUGUUGAGAUGUUUUGUUUAGGAAUGGACCAUUAUUUCUCGUAAGGGGUAGGAUUUUUAUAAAGACGUUUUGUCUCGUUUUCAGCAGCACUUUUCUUUCCCAGUGUUGUGCCCAGAGAGCAUGUGCAGGUGGUUUGAUCCCAGUGUGGAUCGUUAUCCUGUGUUUACGUUUUAUUAGCACUAUGUCUAGCUGCCAUCACUGGUUUAAAAUUCUGAUUUCCACAGAAGGAUGAGAAGUACCGGUAGUUUGUCAAAUUAUAGCCAUAUAAAGCAGUGUGUCACUUCCUUGGUUUACAUAUUGUCAUUGAGAAAAUUCUCCAUUCCAUCGAACACUAUCUUCCCCUGCUAGGAUGAGAUCACUUCCAUUAAUGUGAUGACAAAUUUACUCACUGUUAUAGAAAGAUCUUCAUCAUUUGACCAUAGAUGGCACUGUUGCCUUCCUUCCUCAGUUUCCAGUUUGUACAGUGUCCAUUGGUAUUUUGUAAUUACUUUACAUGUACUCCGGGAAUAUUCAUGCUUUGACUACAUACAAAAAAUUUGUUUCAUGUCCUUUAAAAGUGAAUGAAUGUGAUUUUUUUUGUUUGUUUUUUUUGGAACCAUCACUCUUAAA